UGUGCGAGGGUGAACCCCCAGACCCCAAGCACCCCGGGGUGGAGAGAGGAGCCCUGUGUGGCCCUGUCAUGGUGCUGGGCCCCGCCCCAGCGUGCUGCCCCGCCCUCUGUCUGCGCUGCACUAAAGCCCCACAGCUGGCAGGAGGGUCCUGGGCCUGGGUCCUGACGCAGCCCUGGGAUCCCGCCAGCUCUGGCUCCCGCCCACACAGCGGGCCCUUGUGUCUGCCCUGCUCACUGGGCCGGAGAAGCAGGCGCUCCUGCCGCUGCCCCAUAGCCAGCUCUGCAGCCUCCCUGCGGUGCCCGACCAUGGGGGCCCCGCGUGUCCCCGAGCGGACUGUGCUCUUCCAGCGCGAAAGAAGCGGCCUGACGUACCGCGUGCCCGCCCUGCUGCCCGUGCCCCCUGCGCCCACCCUGCUGGCCUUCGCGGAGCAGCGGCUCAGCCCCGACGAUGCCCACGCCCACCGCCUGGUGCAGCGGAGCGGCACGCUGGCCGGCGGCUCCGUGCGGGGCCUGACCACUCACUGCCCUCUGAGGCCACUCCAACCCUGGUGUGGGGACACUGACCCGGGGGUCACCCUGGCCGUUGUAGAACCUGGCCAAGGAGCCUGCCUGGGCUCCCGGCUCCUGCUGAUGCUGGAGAGAGGCUUGUCCAGCCCUGGAGGAUCCAGCAUGGCCAGUAGGAGUGGAUGGUGGGGGCACAGUCAGUGGUGGCUUCCUCAUGAGCUGCCCCCUAAUCUGAGGCACUGGCUGCUGACCCUCCCCAGCCCCAGGGUGGGCAGUGGUGCCCGGCUGCGGCCGUGGCUGUCUCUCUGCUGGGAUGACCAGCAGCCCCUCUCCUCUGCAGACUGGGCCACGUUCGCUGUCGGCCCAGGCCACGGCAUCCAGCUGCGCUCAGGCCGCCUGCUGGUGCCAGCUUACACGUACCGCGUGGACCGGCGGGAGUGCUUCGGCAAGAUCUGCAGGACCAGCCCCCAUGCCUUUGCCUUCUACAGCGACGAUGACGGGCGCACCUGGCACCGGGGAGGCCUGGUGCCCAACCUCCGCUCGGGCGAGUGCCAGCUGGCCGCGGUGGACAACGGGCAGGCUGGCAGCGUCCUCUACUGCAACGCCCGGAGCCCUCUGGGCAGCCGCGUGCAGGCGCUCAGUGUGGAUGAGGGUGCUUCCUUCCUGCCUGGGGAGCUCGUGCCUUCCCUGGCUGAGACCUCCCGGGGCUGCCAGGGCAGCAUCCUGGGCUUCCCUGCCCCACUCUCCCACAGGCCAAGGGAUGAGAGAUGGUCAGCGGGUGCCAGGAGCCCCCUCCGGUCCCCACGCCUCUGUCCUGGAGUCCAGCAACUCUCAGAGGAGGGUGCUACAGACACCCAAGGGGAUCAGGGGCUCGGCGGGAUGCAGGGAUGUAGGGACAGCUCUGAGGAGCCUGGCCUGGGGCCUGGGCUCAAUGGGACCAGGGACACCUGGGCCCCGAGGGUCCCGGGGCCCCCUGCCACCCCGUCUCGGAGCCCAACCUGGCUGCUAUAUUCCCACCCGGUGGGGCGCAGGGCUCGGCUCCACAUGGGAAUCCAUCUAAGCCGGUCCCCCCUGGACCCCCACAGCUGGACGGAGCCCUGGGUGAUCUACGAGGGCCCCAGUGGCUACUCUGACCUGGCACCCAUCGGGCCCACCCUCAAGGGAGCCCUGACCUUUGCUUGUCUGUAUGAGAGUGGGGCCAGAGUCUCCUACGAGGAGAUCUCCUUCUGCAUGUUCUCCCUUGGUGAGGUCCUGCAGAAUGUGCCGGCGGGCCCCGAGCCACCCAGCCACGGGGGAAAGCCUCGAGAGCGCUGCCGGCCUUCCUGAUGGGCUCUCCGGCCAGACUCAUUUGUAUGUCCCUGACACUAUGCUUCAAAAUAUGACGCGAAAGUGGGCAGACCUAGAGAAGAAAAUAGAGCCAUAGUUGUAGCAGAAAAUUUUAGACACACCUCUCAGUAACUGAUAGUGCAAACAGACAAAAUCAGAGGACACAGAAGAUUUGGCCAACAUGCCUGACAAACUGGACUUAACGGACACAUAGAGAACACAGCACAAAACAACCGCAGAAUCUGCGGUCUGUUCAGAGACGCCCAGAUGUGAAACUGACGUCACGCAGGAUCAUGAAAUCCAGUCAGAGUGAGACUUCGAAGGAUUGACGAUUGCAGUGAAAUUGAGCUGGAAAUAAAAGCGAAAGGAAAUUUAAAAAUCUUCCUUGUGUCUGAAAAUGGAGAAACACGAUUCUGAAUGACUUCUGGUUCAAAGAAGAAGCUCUAGUGAAAAUGAGAAAAGAGUUUGAAAUGAAUUAUGUGACCACUGAGUACCACCUGCCACUGCUGACGCCCCACCUUAGAAAGGGACAGGAACGGAGUCCAAGGACAGGGGAAGGAAGAGAACCGUCAGGAGCAAAACUAGAGGGACGGGGAAAAUCGCGGUAGAGGGAAUGGGUAGGGACAGUCGGGUUUGGGGAAACUAAUAAAACCCCUGAUGAGACCGAUGAUAAAAAAGGAUAAUACACGAGGUUCCUACAGGCAUUCAGAGACGUCAAGAAGAUAUCAGGAGGCAUUUUAUGGCAAUAAACUUAAAAAUUGAGAUGAAAUGCACAAAUCCUGGAAAAAUGCAACUCAUUGAAGAGGAAAUAGAAAAGCCGAAAAAUCUUAUUAGAGACUCUGAAUCCGUAAUUUAAAAUCCGCACACUAGGGAAACUUCAGAUGGCACGGCUUUCCCCGUGCCUUCUGUCGAACGUUGCCGGAUGGUAUGUGCUGGUGUAUGGGACAGUUUCCUUUGCAAGAAAUUGCCAAGCCUGUCUUCCAAAGUGGCUGCACCAUCUGUAUCUUUUUGGUGAGUGUCUGUUUAGAGCUUUUGCCUUUUUUAAUUGGGUUGCUUGUUUUCUUAUUGGUGAGUUUAAGAGUUGUUUGUGUAUUUUGGCAACAGCAUAUGGAGAGACGCUCCACAUCGUGUGCCAGCGGGAAGAUCCCGCUGCUGUGCCGAUGAGAAGGGCCAGAACCCGAGCGCUGCCAGCACCACCUGCUGGCGAGGGUGGGAGCGGCAGGGGCUCUCCCUCGCGGCCGCGGAUGCGGGUCGGGGGCAGCCACGUUGGAAGACAAGUUGGAUAGUUUCUUACAACAAAACCUCUUACUAUAGGACCCAGCACUUGUGCUCCAUGAUAUUUAUCCAAAUGAGUUGAAAACUCAUGUCCACACGAACACCUGCACAUGGAUGUUUAUGGUGGCUUUAUCCAUAAUUGCCGAACUUGCCAAACCUUGCAAGAAAUCAGGACGUCCUCUAGUGGAUGAAUGGACGAGCUGUGGUCCAUCCAGACUGAGGAGACACGGAGGACCCUGAAACGUGCGUCACUACCUGAAAGGUUACCGGCUGUGUGAAUCCACACGACAUUCUGGAAAGGGCAGGCCUUUGAAGAAGGUCAAGAGAUCGGUGGUUGCCAGAGGUUGUGGGGAGGAGGGAUGAACAGGUGGGGUGCAGAGGCCUCUUAGGGCAGUGAGACGACCCUGUGUGAUGCUGUCAUGGUGGGGACGUGUCACUGUACGUUUGUCCAAACCCACAGAGUGCGUGACGCCAAGAGUGAGCCCGGAUGUGAACGGUGGGCUUUGGUAAAUACUACGGUAUUGUCGUUGUCUCAUCCGUUACAAUUGUCCCCCACUCAUGGGGGAUGUUAACCCAAGGGGAGAGUGUGGGGGGGCGUGGGGGUGUGACAUAAGCUGAGAAGCACUGCUCAACUGCUCCGUAAACCUGAACCUGCUUUAAAAUAGACAAUAGUGUAGCUGUCAUCUCUGAAAGUAGGGAGAGAGAGAAGGAAGUGCACAGCGACGGUCGUAGAAUCCUGAGCUUAGUCCAGCGGCCAGUGGACUCGAGAAAAUGUCAUAGCCUUCCUUACCACGAGUCAGUCAGUUCAGGAGCCACGGACGCAGACUGCACAAGUUGGGGGAGGGGCCGCCAGACUGGAGUCAGAGGCCACAGGACGCCCCUGCCCCCCCGCCCCCCACAGAGAGGAGCAGUUGAGCCACAGUAGAGGGCCUCCAGUGACUGGGGCCAACAUCUGCUGGCUCUGCCACUUGAUUGCCCCCCUUCCCCCCGAAUUCUCCAAAAACUCAGGAGCCUCACCCAGACUCAAAGAGGUAUCUGUCCACACCAGACGACUAACCUACCAGAGCCAAGACCCCAGGGCCCAGGCCACCAGCUUUGCCUUCAUGAUCCCAAGGCAGGUUCCCUCUGGGGUCUGUGCUUUUUUCCUGCGAGAAGACCUUUGCUACCGCCCCCACCUGGUCCUCCAGGGCCCCCACCUUGGAUUUCCGGGUAGGGCUCAGAUUUUGUCCUUCCUGUCCUGCAUGACCUUGGAUUCCUCACUGGAGGUGUCCAGCUCUGGCCUCCAGCUCUGUAGACCAGGAAGGGGGGAGCACGGGUAGUGGGAGGGUCGUCCUCCUGGGCAGAGGGGCUCCAAGUGCAGGGCUCUGGUGGCCCUGGGCCGUUGGGCUCUGGGUUCCCUGUGCCAGGGUCUCAGGCCUCAUUUGAAAAGCCCAGGCUCAACCCCGGGUCCUCCCGCUGCCACCCUCUGUGAGAUGCACGGGGCUGGCAGGGAGGGACCUGCUGGGUGGGCGUGUGGGUGGGGGUGGGUGAGAUGCCCCAGCCAGGGCCGUUGACACAUGGGGCUGGGGCAGAGCAGGGGACGGAAAAAAUGAGUGGAGGCGGGCUGCAGAGGCCGCGUUCCGGGAAGGUGAGCAGUAAAGUGCUGACUGUGCCCGGCUCCCUGGCUUCUUAUCUGAGCUGUGGUGCUGCCAGUGGGUGGCCCGGCCGGUGGCUUG